UUAUAAAAGCAGGUCAAGAAGAGCACACCACAUGCUGUCAGUGUGACCAGGAUAUAUCAAGCAAGUACUUCACUUGAGCUUGUGUUGGUUAGCAGGUGUAGUUUGCUAGCAGCUAGGCUAGCUUUAGACACUGUCAACACAUCACUGAUGAUGGCUUUUGGGUUUUGCCUUGGUUUUGCCUUGCUCUUGUUUGUGUGGUCAACUGCAAAAUGUGAUCAGAUUUCCAAUGGAGUUCUUCAUAUGGAAUGUCGUGAUCGUUACUUCAUGAUAGCUGCUGAUCUCUCCUUUACUGGGAAUGAGCCUCGCUUUGAGGCGGUUGAUGAAACCGGCGUGUACCCCAUCACUGAGCAGUAUGCAGCUGAGUGUGGCUACAGCGUCAGUGUUCUCCCUCUGCAGGGCCACGUGGAGCUCCGAGCCUCUUAUUUCAGCUGUCACACUGACAACAAAGAUGACGCAGUGUUCACAUUCAACUUUAACCUGCUGGCAAACCACUCUGGAGAGGCCACCUACACCAUGAACAAGACCUGUUCUCCCUCACUCCCCUGGUCUCCCAGAGAGGUUACCUGUGAGCUCAACUACAUGGAAGUGUCUGUGAGGAGUGAUGUGGCCUGUCCAACUGGGACAAAGAAAGAUGACUGGGAUGCUGCUGUCAACACUGCAUAUACUUCAGCUACCUCAGAUUGGCAGGUGAUGUUCCAGAGGGCUGAGCAGAAGCUGAUGCCCAUGAAUCUCUCUGAAGCUCAUAAGCAUGGCUAUGUGUUUGACCUGACGGAUGGAAGGCUUGUAUUUCGUACACCGUAUGGACAACCUGACUCAUUCAGCACGGAGGUGAAUGGUGUUCCAGUAGAGGUGGUCCAUGCCACUCUGUUCUCCAGGCAAAGCUGGGUUGUCCUCAUGGUCGACCUUGUGGCUGCUUGCUCCAUGUAUGAAGGCUCCUAUGAUGAAAAUGGAUACAUGAUGUGGAAAACUCCUGAGGUGCUGCACCCGCUGCUGUCUGGUCUGCACAAUACACAGGUCAACAUUGGUGUCAAUGGUGAAUUUCUGGAGCAGCCAGUUGCAGAGGAGAGAGGCUACAUUGUGGAGAAGCACAAUGGCACAGUCCAGCUCAGCAUCCCCUAUAAUGCUGAUGGUGGAUACAGGAAGAGCUUUGUGACCGAUGACCUCUAUGAGUACUACGUCUUUCAUCUCUACCUGGAACAAAUCUCUGUGGAUGAGGAUCAUGUUGACACCAGACUUCGCGUUCACAGGACACUGGCCACUCCUCUGCUGCCAUGUCCUGUUUUUACUGAAAACAGAACUGUUAAUGAGGAACACAUGUUCAGCGUCUACCUGGGAGAUGUCCCUGACGAUGUCGAGCUGGCUGCUGUUCACUUGAAUGGACACAAAUUUACAGUUCCAUUUACAAACACAAGCAGACACACCAUCACAAAAGUUGUUCAUCCCAACAGCACCCAUGGCUACACUCUGAAGGUGCCUUUUGAUGACCCUGUUGUCUUACAGCAGUUCUCCAAAGAAGAUGCAGCUAUGCAGCACAAGCUGGACAUCAACUACACACUGACUGUUCUGCCUGAAAAGGAGCCUUUUUACCACUUUGCAUCAGUCAUGGCACAAAGUGACGUCUCUCCUCCAGAGUUUGAUGCCAUCUGUUUGGAGUCUGGCAUCAGGUUCAGACUGGACCACCGGCCUUUUGACUACCUGUGGUACAUUAGUAUCGGCUCUGACCUGCUGACAUCGGAGCUGGCAGCUCAGCACGGCUACAUCAUGAGCAACAACAGCCAGAGUCUGCUGCUCGAGGUGCCGCUCUUCACUCAUGGAUAUGAAUACAAGGACAUUACUCUAAAGGGAUUCCUUGGUACUUUUGAGAUCCUCAUCAGGGAUCAUGCAACAUCAGAGGUCCAGAGUUCAACUGUGAAGACUUGUCCAUUCACAGCCACUGAGCUUAUCAUGUGUUCGACUGAUGGGAGGAUGACUGUGGUGGCUGACUUGUCUCUGGCCAUCCCAAGUGGAGGAAUCCCUGCUAGAACCAACCUCAUGGAUAAAUACUGUGCACCUAAAGAAGUGGAUGACACCAGGGCGCUCUUCUCUUUACCACUCAACAGCUGUGGAUCCAUAGUCAAGCUGAGCAAGGAGUAUGUGACUUACGAAAAUGAGAUUUUCUACAGCAAGAAGUUGCAUACUCAGAAAAACCCAUCACAUUCCAGCAUUGAGAUGGACAGGGUUAAAAUGCAGUGUACAUAUCCUCUGGCUGGGCUUCUCCGUCUCUUCUCAAUAUACAGGUUUGAAUCUGACACAGUUGGUGUCGGCCGCCAUCAUACAUUCUGCACGCUCGACUCAAGAGCUACAGACUUCCACCAUCCAGCCCACUACAGUGCUUCAAACUCCAGUACCUGUAACCAGCCUUAUCUUGAGACCUGGGUACCACCCUCCAGCUCAGUACAUCAGAGUAUCCACCUUCCUGAAGAAUCUGUCAAAGAAAGGAGCUAAAGGAUCUUCACCAAUCAAAGUACAUACUACCUCAUUUUGAAGGAUUGUGACUUAAUUUUUAAAUGUAAAUCUUGAAUAAACCUGGUGUCUUAAAAUA